AAAUGGCGUCCACAAACAUCGGGCAGUUAUCAUUGAUCGGGCAUCACGCAGCAUCCUUUUUUUUAGACCAACCCGAUCAAGAAUCAAAAUUUUUCGUGAAUAUACCACCAUCGCCUCUUCAACCAUCCACCUCCAUCUGGGCGCCCGCAAGUGUUUGAAUGCUUCUAACACGCGCACGUAAACCUAUCGUGCCGCACCUGCCAUCAGCGUUCCGGAUCCGCGCCAUUUUGCGAUCGUUUGGUUUCUACACUGCACGCGCACGCAUCCGCACGCCGGGAGUAUUCGCAUGUGUGUUAGCCUAGGCGACGGUGCGUUGAACAACCAGCGUUGUAACUAAAACUAAAUUCCAAAAAGGAGGUAAUACCAGAAUACCAGGAAAAGUGAUUGAAGAUGGCGCUGCGUUUUGCCAAUAAAAUCCAUUGUAUCGUCAAUAAUGUCAUGACCCAAGGGCUGCGGAUACAAGCACAGGCGUUGAAAGCUAGUGCCCCACCACCAAAGACACGGUACCCUUUGAACCAACAGGAUGCUAACUCGUAUAUUGAACAGUUGAAGACCCGGGCGUUUGUUCGUCAAUCUGUAGACCCUAAUGAACCUAACAUAGUCCGUACCUUCAAUGUGGAGGUAAACUGCCGUCCCAAGACCACCACAGAAGCCCAACCCUCUCCAUUGGGUAAUAUGAGUGUGGUUCAGAGGUUCCUAGCUACGAAAUCUGGUAAAACCGGUAAAGCCAGAGAGAGUACAAGUGGUAGGGAUGAAAAAUGUAGUCCUCCUAAAGGUGCCAUUGUCAAAUGCAAGAAGGGAGGUAAGGUUGAUAAGGACAAGUGCCCCAAAAAGGAAGAUGAAGGUUGCCCACAGUUUAAGAUUGAUAACUGUGAAAAGUCCAAGAACUUCAUCUGUAAUAACCGGAAAUAUAUCUUUACUGAUUGUAAGAAACCAAUGGCCCCUUACCCCUCAUUCAGUGAAGCAUGUUAUGAACCCCUACCACCCACAAUCAGCGAAUGUAAAGACUGUCCCUGGGGGGCUGAUAGACAUCCCACCUUCAAGGGUGUGAUGAAUAAACACGCUGGACGUACGGGUGAAGCCAAGGGCAAGAAUCAAAAGCGUAAAUUCCAUACGGAACCCCGUAGGUUGGUGACGCUGCGCUUUGGUGAGCCCAAAAAGUGUGAGAAGGAUCGCCGCCAGGAGGAGUUGGAGAAGAAGCUCUACGACGAGUUGAAUACGUGCGUCUUUGAAGCCAAGUGUGAGCGUGCCCGGCGGUUGCCAAUGGAUGCCAUGGUUAAGGUUAGUAGGAGGCAGACUACGCAGGUGACUGACAUGUUUAAUCAGCUGGUGUAUCUGAAGAGGUUGAGUGAGAUACCCGCGAUGGUUAACUCGCAAAGAUGGGAUAUGUUGUUGAAGGGGCCUGGGUUCCGGCAUCAGUUGGGCACACCGGGGAAGCAUAGAAUGCGCAGGAGGAAACCCAAGAGGUGUAACCGCCCUAAGAGGUGUCCCAGUUUUCCUUUCAAGUAUGAGGAGUAUGAUAUUGCAAGGAAGCAGAGGAAGCAUAGACGUGCUCUGAGGAAAAAGAAGGAGGAACAGAAUGAUUGUGUCUGUUCUGGGGUUGAAGGUAUACCUGCAGGUGUGGUCAUGGAGAUGGCUCCCAAGGGUCGUAACAUGGAUCAACAUAAGGAUAUGCCCAGAGGUAAACGUCAACAAUUAGGAAAUAGACAUCAGCAUAAGAUGCGUAGGAAGAAGCAGGAUAGGUGUAAACCUUGUAAGAGGGUACCAUACAAACCCCCUAUUGAGUAUGACAUCAAAAAGAAGGCUCGUGAUGAAAGACGUAGACAGAAGAAGAAAAAGGAAGGAAGUAGUACUUGUGUUGUAGAAUGCUCUGCUACCACCUCCUUAAACCCUAGAUAUUUGGAUUUGGGACAAGGUCAAGGUCAAGGUCAAAACCUAACUACCCCAGACGCCAUGUUAGAUAUAUUGGGAGAUAAAGGUAUGUGGUGUAAAAUGGUCCCGAAGAAACCUCAGAAGGACGGUUCACCACAAGAGGGUAUGGAGUGUGAUGAACUGGCCCCAUCCCUGGUGUGCCCCCAGAAUCUACUCAAUCAGAAACCUUAUCCCAAGUAUAGGAAAGCGAUGAAGAAGCGUCUAAAAAAAGAAAAGGAAUUAGAGAAGAAGAGGAGGGCUAUAAGGCGUGCUAAGGAGAAGGCGAAGGAAAAGACUAGGCCCAAGAAGAAGGCAGCGGGUUUAGGAAGUGAGGAGGCGGUUGCGGUGGAGUUUCUCAAGCCGGGGAUACUGGAACCCUCGACUUCUUCAACCCUCCAAGGGCAGAUGUGAUUAAUUUGGGUCUAAAAUGAUUUCAGAAUCAACCUCGUCCCGUGCGGGUGCAUAACAUUACCAGGAGACGUAUGGCUGAGAUGUACCUGGCAAGACCCCGUUUCAUCCCAACUAAAAGGCCGGUGAAGAGACCCCCCAAGUUUGAGUUUAAGGUCUUACCCAAAGACCAAUGGGGA